AUCGCGAGGGCACAUAUCCAACAGAAAUAACCACUCGCUCGUUGAAAACCCCCCAAAAGCGACCCCAACGAAACCCUAAAUCCGAAAAAAAUAUUCAAGCGGGAGAUUCUAACUUCGAUUUCGAUUCGCUUCGACAAUCUGCUUCAAUUCCUUCUCGUACUCAUUGGAUUUUCGUGAAUUCGCGUGGAACGCUCUGAAUUCGUCCGGCGUCGUAGAAUUAAAGCUCCAAGCAACCCCAUUGGGGAGUUUGUCGUAUCCAUUCAACGGGUCUGGGAAUUGUGACUGCGUGUUGAGGUUUAGAAGAGCGACUGGACGAAGUGCAAGGUCGGGCGUCCAGGAUCCAUGCCAAAGCUUUAGAUAAUUGUGUGAGGAUGUAUCUAAAGGGAAGCAAACUAUUACCAGUUAUCUAAAGAUAUUUCAUGGAAUCAAUCAUGGAUCCUGAAGGCAAGAAGUUUGGAAGUGGGCUUAGGGAACUCACCGGUGCUGUAGAUCUUAUCAGUCACUUCAAGUUGUUGCCCCACUAUGAGUAUUUCUGCAAGCGGACACUACCAUUGUCAAUAUCUGAUACCCCCUACCUUCACAAUGUUGUGGGUGAUAAGACAAUUAGAAAAGGAGAGGGGAUGCAACUGGACCAACUUAUUCAGAAUACAUCUUAUUCUCAGGGAUCUAAUGUGCACAUACAGCCUUUCGACCUUGAGAUUCUCAGAGAUGUUUUUCAACUUAAGGAAACUGCACCUGUUGAGCUUCCUCCAGAGGAAAAAGGCAUACCGACAAUUGCAGGAAAAUCAAAGGGUGAAUCAAAAGACAAAGAUAGAAAGCAUAAGAAGCACAAAGACAGAGAUAAGGAGAAGGAUAGAGAACAUAAGAAGCACAAACGCCGUCAUAGAGAUCGAAGUAAAGAUAAGGAAAAGAAAAAGGAUGGGAGUGGACAGCAUGAUUCUGGAGUUGAUCCUUCAAAGAAGCAGAGUGAGAAGAAAAGGAAGCAUGACGAAGAUGAAAAUCUUAAUGACAUCCAGAAGCGUAAGAAAACACAAGAGUUCAAAACUUGAUGAGGUUGGUGUGAUAAAGGUAGCUGGCUGAGAAUGUGGCAUGCUGUUGCUCAAGUAUUAGUCUUUAGAUGUUAACAGCAGCUUGGGAGGGAUUUUGUCCUAUCAAAUUACUGGAGAUCAAAUGUCAAUGGGGUAGGAGUAUAACCUGCAGAUGAUAGCGAUCGCGGGAAAACGAACUCUGUUUUUAAAGGAGGGCUUUGUAGAUCUCGUGUUCUCCUCACUCUUUGUGGCUAAUUCGAUGCCAAAAACUCAAAUUUGUCUACAUUCAAUUAUCUGUUUAGGAGAUGCUUAGUGUUGUGAAUAGUCUCAGUGGAUCAUCAGCUUUUGGACUGAUGAAUAGGAUUUGGGGGAUAGGGUAUGUGUGAAUGCUGUUAUCUUUCCCCUUAUGUUGAUGUACAUGACUCUCUUCUCGUCAAUUGUUGGCAACUUGUAAAUGUGAGGUUGAUGGUGGCAUGUCUUCAAAUGAUCUGAUCAUUUUUGUACGAGUAUUAGUGGAAAGCUUUGUGUGUGA